AUGGCGAAAACAUCAAAAAUCAUUCCUCAAAAGGAGAAAGCUUCUUCAUCGCGGCCGGCCGACGAUAAAAUGCCGGUGGAGCCACGUAUCGAGGAGUGCGGUCCCGGGGUGUGCGAUCUCACUUCCGAUUUCAAGAUCGAGAAACCCUCAUCAUUCCCUGGACGAUGUGAGCCGAUUUAUAGAUACAUAUGCUCGAUAACUGAGGGUGACCUGAAGCAGGUGAAAAAAGAUUGCCAUUGGGAAGGCCUCAGAGACAAUGCUGUCAUAAGUCUGCCCCCACCUGGGGAAGAGGAGGCCCCGAAGCCGGCUAAGAAUAAGAAAAGGAAAAGGGUCUCGCCUUCCGAUACUCCAAAGCCCAAAAAGAACAAGGUUCACAAGUUGAAGCAAGAUGCCGUCGCCCUGUCUGAAAAUAUAGUUCAGCAGCUACGAGAUGAAGAAGAGGAGAACGAAGAUGCCGCCUGCAAGCUGGUGGAUCGAAAGAGGAGCGCCGAGGUCCCAAAGGCCGCCGAGCCGGUAAUGAACGCAAAGGUUCAACCUCGAACUGAGAGGAUCUCGGAAGAUGCCCCGAGCAAAGUCCCCGAGUCAUCAGGGGCUGAGGAUGCCUCCCGGUGUGAUGGGCAGCCGGUGGAUGUACCUGAAGGGGCUAGUUCUGAGGCCCUUCAAAAUGGAGACAACGCCCCAAGUGACUCGCAUGGGGCAAUAGACAUUAGCGAUUCGCCCCUCCCAACAUUUUCCAAGGGGCAAAUUCAGGAAGCCCAGGCCAUCAGGACCCCGAUGUGGGAACAGACCCCAAAGGGGAAAACCUUUUCCGUGGCUACUUUACGGGGGUCGAGGAGACUUCCGAUCUGGGUGAUGUACCGAGCCUUGAUGCUUCAUCGGGAAGCAUUUUCUAAAUCCCGGGCAGAGCUGAACCGAUGUGAGGCUGACCUUAAAAGGCUUACGGAGGAGAGGGAUGCCCUAAAACUUCUUAAUGGGAAAAAAGAAGAGGAGAUCCAGGACCUCCGAGCUGAAUUGGCAAUAGCUCACAAAGGGCAAACCGACUUGAUUGAGCAGGUUCAGCAGAGGGUCAAAAAUAUCGAGCAACUUCGCGAGGAGGCCAAGAUGAAGGUGGCGGAGACUUUGGGGUGGAAGCAGAAUAUGGACCGCCUUGCCUCAGAGAAAGACACUGCUCGGGCCCAGCUAUUUUUUGCCAAACGUCAAAUCCAAAGCAUGAAGGAGGAGAGCUUGGCUCGAGCCAAGAAAAUUGAGGAGCUCGAGGUUCGGUUAGCCGCUGAGCUUGCAAAGGCCACAUCAGAGGCAGAAGGAGUAAAGGCCGAUGCGGAAGCGGUCAAGUCCGUGUACCAAGCUGAUGCUGAAGCCGCUCACGCUCGAGCAAAGGAGAUUUCUGAUGUUGCUCAGAUUCAUGCUCGUGGUUUUGACCUUACCGCCGAUAUCGAGAGCGCGAAAGUGUUAGAGGGCGAAGCCAAAGAUUUGCUCUCUGAUGAUGAUGGUUCCGGGAGCUCGAGUGGAUCCGAGAGUGGAGGAGAUGAAGAUGAGGCUCCCGGGGGAAGAUUAGGCACUUAG